GCGCUUCGGGGGGCUGCCCCGACACCCCGCGAGGGCGAGGCGGAGCGGGAGUCGCGCGGGGCAUUGUGUGCGCGGGGCGCGCGCGCGCCUGCAGCCUUGCUUGGAGUCGGGCUCCGGCUGCGCGUUUGGGUCGGGACAGUCUCCUCUCCCUGGGGGAGCGCGGCCAGGGGGCCCGAAGCUCCGGUUCCAGCUCCGGCUCCGGCUGUGCGCCCUAGCGCAGUCCCCGUCCGAGGAAGCCCCAACGCGGCUGGCAGCGAGGAGCCGAGGCCCGGGCUCCCGGGGCCCGGCGGACGCUCCAGACGCUCCAGCCCCGAGGGCGCGUCCCGGGCGGCGCGGCCGGUUCGGGGUCCGUCUGCCACCGAGGAUCGAGGCGCCGGACGCGCGGCACCAUGAGCGGCGGCGAGGUGGUCUGCUCGGGAUGGCUCCGCAAGUCCCCGCCGGAGAAAAAGUUGAAGCGUUAUGCAUGGAAGAGGAGGUGGUUCGUGUUGCGCAGCGGCCGUCUGACAGGAGAUCCUGACGUCCUCGAGUACUACAAGAAUGAUCACGCCAAGAAGCCCAUCCGGAUCAUUGAUCUGAAUCUGUGCCAGCAAGUGGAUGCGGGGUUGACUUUCAACAAGAAAGAGUUUGAAAACAGCUACAUCUUUGACAUCAACACUAUCGACCGCAUUUUCUACUUGGUAGCGGACAGCGAGGAGGAGAUGAAUAAGUGGGUCCGUUGUAUCUGCGACAUCUGUGGGUUUAACCCUACAGAGGAAGAUCCUGUGAAGCCACCAGGAGGCACCUUGCAAGCAGCAGCUGAUUUGCCACUAGCUGUCAGCACUGCGCCGCUGUCCCUGCAGGAGGAUGUCCCCUGCACCGCUCUGCCACCCCCCUACCAGCUCAUCAGCUCCCCGCCACGCCUGGACCUGGAUGCGCUGGGGCUCCAGGAAGACCCUCAAGACUACCUCCUGCUUAUCAACUGUCAGAGCAAGAAGCCUGAACCCACCAGGACUCACUCGGCGGAUUCGCCCAAGUGCCCGUCCGGGGAGCCCGACUGCAACGGCAACGUGGCCGCGCCCCGGGGCCCCUCGUCGGCGCCGCCCUGCAGAGCUGCGGCGGCGGGUGUGAACGGCUUCCCGGCGCCGCCCGGCUACGACUCCCCGCCGCCCCGCUACGACGUGCCCCCCGCGCCCGGCGCCUCUGGCCUGGUCCCCGGCCCCGCCGCCGUGCCGCCGCCGCGCCCGCCCAAGCCCGCGCCCCCCGCCGCCCCCGACCCCGAGCCCGGCUACUGCGUCCCGCCCUCCGGCCCGCCGCCCUCCCGGGCCGCCACGGCCGCCUCCACCGGGGACCUGCACAAGCCGCGCCGAGAUGCCGGUUCCCAGGACUGCUAUGAUAUUCCCCGGACCUUUCCCACUGACAGAUCCAAUUCCCUUGAAGGCUUCCAUAACCAUUUUAAAAUCAAAAGUGUGUCCACGGUGGGAAGUGUGUCGAGUGAAGAACUGGAUGAGAAUUACGUCCCCAUGAACCCCAACUCUCCGCCAAGACAACAUUCCAGCAGCUUUACGGAACCCCUGCAGGAAGCAAAUUACGUGCCCAUGACUCCGGGGACAUUUGACUUUUCUUCUUUUGGGAUGCAAGUGCCUCCGCCUGCUCAUAUGGGCUUCAGGUCCAGCCCCAAAACCCCGCCCAGAAGGCCCGUUCCCUUGGCAGACUGUGAACCACCCCCUGUGGAUCGGAAUCUCAAACCAGACAGAAAAGGUCAGAGUCCUAAAAUUUUAAGACCCAAACCCCAUGGUUUAGAGCGAACUGAUUCACAAACCGUAGGGGACUUUACUGCCAGAAGAAAGGCCAAGCCAGCACCCUUAGAAAUAAAGCCUUUUUCAGAAUGGGAAGAAUUACAAGCUCCAGUCAGAUCUCCCAUCACUCGGACUUUUGCUCGAGACUCCUCCAGGUUCCCGCUGUCCCCAAGACCAGAUUCCGUGCACAGCACCACCUCCAGCAGCGACUCACAUGAUAGUGAAGAGAAUUAUGUCCCCAUGAACCCGAACCUAUCAGCCGAGGACUCGAAUCUUUUCGGUGGUAGCAGCCUUGAUGGAGGCAGCAGCCCAAUGAUCAAGCCCAAAGGAGACAAGCAAGUGGAGUACCUGGACCUUGAUCUAGACUCUGCGAAAUCCACGCCCCCGAGGAAGCAAAAGAGCAGUGGUUCGGGCAGCAGUGUGGCUGACGAGCGGGUGGAUUACGUGAUGGUGGACAAGGAGAAGACGCUAGCCCUGAAGAGUACCCGUGAAGCCUGGACCGAUGGGCGACAGUCCACAGAGUCAGAGACACCCACCAAGAGUGUGAAGUGACAAUGCUGUAAUAGUCACUACUCUUCACAAGCAAAGCCUGGGGUGAUGGGGACCCAGGUGGUGGCCGAUGAUGGUGGGGUUUCCCCUGCUGCUCUGUCAUCCGGGUCCUAUCUGGAUGGGGCUGACUUCCCUGGACCUGCCAGACACGCAUCAUCCAAUGGCUGAGACUGUACCUGGUGCUUCAUGGUGUCUGAACAGUUCAUCGUGUACAUAAUCGGGGAGACGGCUGCUCUGUGGAGCCCCCGAAAACCCUUUGUUUCUAAGCUAACAUACUUUGGAGUAUUAUUCUCUUCAUGCA